AUACCCGCGGGCGCGGCCCGCGGCAGCCAGAGCUGGGCGGCGGGCGGAGGGUGCGCGUCGGCCGGGAGAGCCACAGCUCGGCACUGCACGGCACAGCGAGCCAACAUGCCAGUGUCAAGAAUGCGCAUGAGGCCGUGGUUGGAAAUGCAGAUUGAUUCCAAUCAAAUACCAGGACUGAUAUGGAUUAACAAGGACAAGAGGAUCUUUCAAAUCCCAUGGAAACACGCAGCUAAGCAUGGCUGGGACAUGGAGAAGGAUGCCUGCCUUUUCCGGAGCUGGGCCAUUCAUACAGGAAGGUAUAAAGAAGGUGAGAAAGAUCCUGAUCCAAAAACCUGGAAGGCAAAUUUCCGCUGCGCCAUGAAUUCCCUGCCUGACAUUGAAGAAGUGAAGGAUAAAAGCAUCAACAGGGGCUCCAGUGCUGUCAGGGUUUACAGGAUGCUGCCACCCUUGACAAAGCAUCAGAAGAAAGAAAGGAAGUCAAAGUCUUCAAGAGAAGUAAGAAACAAGAGCAAGAGAAAGUGUUAUGAAGAGACAAAGCUGAAAGAGUCAGCAGAAAGCUUAACCAACACUCCUUUGCCAGAUGACCACAGUGGCUACACCAUUCACGACUACGCAGGGCAGGAAGUGGAGGUGGAGAGCACAGCCAUCACCUUGGACCUGUCCUCCUGCGAGGUGAGCGGCUCCCUGACCGACUGGAGGCCACCAAUGGAGGUCACCAUGGCUGACAGCACCAACGACCUCUACCAGCUCCAGGUGUCUCCCCUGGCUUCCUCCUCGGAGGUCACAGACGAAGAUGAAGAGGAAAUAAACCCGGAUAUUUUUAAGCUGCUUGGCCCAGCCCAAGACUGGCACAACACCAGCAUUGGGGGGAAAGGCUUUCUCACCAAUGAGUCAGGCACCCAGACCCUGUGCAGCACCUACAGCUACAAGGAGCAGGACGGGGACAUCGACACGACAUCAGGAGAGCUGGAUUUCAGGUUCUUUGACCAGAAAGACUUCUCCUGGCUGGAUACAGUGAGGCCAACCAUGCAAGUCAUUCCCUGUGGAUUGUAAACCUUUGGCUUCCUCCAACUACAAACUGCUCUUGGAUCAAAACUUCAACUAGCAUGGAGAGAACGGAGAAAUUUUUUGUUACUGACUGAAGGAAGAAAGUAGCUUUUUUAUUCCGUUUCAAUUGUAGGCCUGGAAAGGUUAGCAUGAAAAACACCAUUACCAAUGUUCAAAAGGAACCCCAUCUCCCUAGCAGGACUCUGGUGCUGAAGGUGCUCAGCUGCAGCUCCCACCUCAUUGCUCUGGAGGUGAAGCUUUUGCUGGAAGGUGUCACUGUGCCAUGGAGUCUGACCUGGGGGGUCCCACAGGCCUGGGGAGCAGGUUACCAUCCUCCCUAUAUAUGGUGUGAUGAGCACUUUACCCACAGAGUGCUUAGAGGAGACACUCUAGAUAAGUCUCUGUUAGUUUUGAUUGCUGCUUACCUGUGCAACACUGGUGACAUUGAGCUUGACAACUGUUAUUACACUUUUGGAGAAAAAUUACGCUAAUGGGCCAUCUCUUUUUUUUUUAUUUACUCCAUCAUAUAGUUCAUAAUUCAGACCCUUCAACUCUGUAAAUAGACCACUAAAAUGUGAAAAUUCAGUUUAGGCUUUGCUUCCACCUAGUCCGUUCCCCAGGUGCACUCCUCGGAUGCUCUCUGCCGUAGGCAUGCCCUAUCCCUUUCCUCAUAAGAGUUCAAGAAGUGCUGCAUGAAAGAAUUUUGCACUGAUAGGGGCAGAGGUCUUUAUCAUGCCUUUUGUAGAUUCCUUCUGGCACUCUGUGGGGAUUCCUCCAGUACUGCACACAAACUAACAUCCCACAGAUCCUCUGGAUCAGCAUAUGCAGGCAAGUGCUGGAUGGAAGAGGUUCUAAUGUGUGUGUGUGUAAUAGGAAUCAAAUCACUAAGCUGGAAAAGAUUAUUUUUCUUGUACAUUUUAUUUUUGUAUAUAAAGUGUAUAAAAUGUUGUUUAAUAAAAUGUUUUAUAUAUUA